AUGGAGUGGAUAGGGAGCCUCAUUACAAAUGCAACCCAUGCUAAUGUGGAUACGGCACUUCUCUGCUUUCCACAUGAGCCAGACUCCUGCCUCCGAACAGCUCGUUUCGUUGUUAUUAGAUUUGUCAUGUACAUUUUAAUGCUUCCUACAAUACUUAUGACUGUUUUUGGGAAUAUGCUGGUCAUCAUCACGAUUUCCUAUUUUAAACAGCUGCAUUCUCCGACUAACUUCAUCAUCCUGUCACUGGCUGUUGUGGACUGUCUGCUUGGGUCUAUGAUCAUGCCUUUCAGCAUGGUGAGAUGGGUGGAAGGCUGCUGGUUCUUGGGGGAGAUUUUUUGUAAAAUCCAUUCCAGUUUAGACAUGACACUAAGUAUUGUGUCCAUCCUGCACCUCUGUUUGGUUUCUAUUGACCGAUACAUGGCCAUUACCGACCCUCUGAGUUAUAAAAUGAAGGUGACAAAUGACAGAGUGGUUGUGGGCAUUGCUGUCAUUUGGCUCUUCUCGUUCUCAUUUAGCUUUGGAGUGGUACUGUCUAAUGUAAAUCUUGACGGUUUGGAGGACCUUUUAAUGCUGAGCUCCUGUGUUGGAAACUGUGCUUUGAUUUUUAACAGACAGUGGGGAGUCAUUGCUGCCCUUGUGGCAUUUUUCGUUCCGGGAACUAUCAUGAGCUGUCUUUACCUUAAAAUAUUUCAUGUUGCACGAAAACAAGCUAAAGUAAUGGCUGAAAGAACUACUAUUGGAAACUGUGAAACAAAGAACCGUUCUUCAGAACAGAGGGAGAGAAAAGCAGCUAAAACUCUAGGCAUUGUAAUGGGAAUUUUUCUGCUUUGCUGGUUGCCAUUCUUCAUUAUGACUAUAGCUGAUCCAUUCCUGAACUUCUCAACCCCUGUAGAUGUUUUUGAUGUCCUAGUGUGGUUUGGCUACCUUAAUUCUACUUGUAAUCCUUUGGUCUAUGGCUUUUUCUAUCCCCGUUUUCAGAAGGCCUUUAAGAUGAUCAUAUCUAAAUAUGUUUUUCACCUUAAUGACUCCGGCAACCUAACGCUCUAA